AUGUUGUGGGACAAUACAACUGUCCUGGGCAGUAUGAUUGAGUAUGUAUGUAAGGAUGGAUUUUACCAGGAGGGAGGAAAUGGUCUCUCAACUUGUUCAUCAUCAGGACAGUGGGGAAUUGUUUCAAUAAUAUGCAAAGGUACGGUAACAAUAUAUAAUUCUGAAGCAAACCCUAUUCUGCUGCAUGAUCAAUUGUCUGUGUGGGCAUACUGUAACAGUUACUCCCGUGAACUCAUUAUAUUGUGUCAAAGUGCUCACAUUCAAAUUGAUGUUGUAUGUCUUUCAUGAAUGUGUCCACCUAUGGAGAGAGAUGUUGUAGUAGAUGUGCUUUCAGCACUUACUAUUCUGUACCAGAAGGGGGUAAUGUUGUAUUGGGGAAUGGUUUGUAAAUUCAUGUUUAAUCAUGAUCACUAGUGUGUUGCAACAAAAUAAUCAAGACUAGUAUUUGUAUAUACUGUGCAAUGUGAUCUAAUCUUUUAUGGUAAUCAUCACAGGAGCUCCUUAGGAUAAUUCAAUUGAUCUGACUUCCACCUUGUUUUGACAGCUAAAUGUGGACCAGUCCCUUCUCUGGCCAACACAGAGGUGGUGUGGCAGAACAGAAGUGUUGUGUUCCAUCGCUGUCUGAAAGGAUUCCACAGCUGGAGAGGAAGAAAUACCUCUAUUUGUGACAUCACUGGGAAGUGGCAGGCUGCCACAAUGCGAUGCAGAGGUAUGCAUUUAUAACUCCGUAAACCAUAGUUCAGUUGAAAAACCUUUUAGUAUGUGGAAGGAAUUUGUGUUGAUCAGUGAUUCUUUUUUUUUUACACAUUGUUUCUCAUCUCUUGUCCCUACCAGAAAUCAAGCCUGCCAUCAGUGACUUGGUUGUCUUUAAUGAAAAAUGUUUGCGUUGGCAAGCAGACAAGUAUGAAGAAGACACAGAGAAUUACAGAGUAAGUUUACCUUAACAAGGACCUUAAAAUAUCAUAAUAUUGUUGAUUAGAAAAAGUGCUCUCUGAACUGCAUACACCUAUGCAUACACCUUGACCAUCAUUAUUUGAUCUGUCUACCUGUAUGUUACAGGUAGCAUUUGUGGGAUUCAGGGCCUAUCAAAGGUCAUUCCAUGACAAGAGGAAGAAGCUCCUCAGCUCCACUUCAGACCGCCCUGAGAUCUGCCUGAACCUGCUGCCUGUUACCAACUACACCAUCAGCAUCACUGCACUGUCUGCCAGGUUCACCUCCACACUCACAACAAACACCAGCCUACAAGGUACACUACAAACAACCUCAACUAACCAUGACAAUUUGAAGAUUAAAUAUUUGAAGAUAUUAUGAGAAACAUGGAGCAGAAUAUUGACUUUGACUUGGAUAUGAUAUCCAAUGUUAUUAAACGUGUCAAUGCCUUCUCAUCUUAUAGUGCCUCAAGCCCCAGAGAUUUUAUACAGAGAAGUUGAGGCUCCAUUGCCCACUCUAUGGCUACGCAGAUCAGCUAACACUCUGGACUCAAUUAGGUAAUUCAUAAUUUUACCUCCAACCCUCUCCCGUACUAAAUGCUGAUUUAGUAUCUUGAAAUUUACCAAGUGAGGUCUGCCACCCUUGUCUGGCUAUUACGACACAAACCCUUUUCUCUUUUGUUCCUGGGUUUACAGUUUCUACCAGGUAUUUGUGUUGCCACUGGAGGGGACUCUUGUGUUUGACUGCAGCUCUCCUAAGAACCCAGACUUCUCCAGUCAGAGAAAGCACCAUGGACAGUACAUCACUGCCCAGCUCCAUCUGAGGGAUAUAGGGAAAGAGAUGAACCUGACUGUGGGCGAUGGACGCUACUAUGGAGGCUUCUACAACGCUCCUUUACAGAACGGCAGAGACUAUUACAUCAUAUUACGAGCUGUCAGUCAAUGGGGAGGAGUAAGACUAACUGCUAUGCAUUGGAAAUAAAUGAUAUGUGGAGUUUAUUCAUAUAAAAGGAAGGACCGUUUUGAAGGUCAUCUUUAACAAAUUAUUAUUGAUAUUGAUUGUUGAUCUUAUAGAACUCCUGCAUUAAUAAUUAGUCAUUCUGUAUGUGCCAUUUGAACUAUUUUCUAGGCUUUCAAGCACUCUUGUGUUAUCUGGGCAAAAGUCAGAGGUAAGGGUUCCUUUUCUCAUAUUUAAAUCACUGUUGUGGUUUAAUCAGAUUGUUGUAUCGAUGAUGUAUGAUGUUUUCUCUCGUUUGGUAGAUAUAUCCUACGUAAUGAAGGUUUCAUCGCUUUUCGCUGGAGGAUCAAUUGGAGUCUUUGCUUUGGCCAUUUUUCUGGGAUACUGUUACACCUGGUAAGAUCUAUUCUAUCCUAGUGCGUAUGCCUAUAUAUUACAUUUAUGAUAUGUGCAAAUCAUUUUCAUGUAUAUUGAUUAAGUCUGACUUAACUUUCUGUAUCCCCUUUUCAGGUUUUGUAAGAAGGCAUGACAGUCAUCGUGACAACAUUUACCUGUAGUAUUGUAACUGU